AUUUUAUAAGAGAGUUAUAGUUAAAACCCAUGCUGUGUUUGCUUUCCAUAAAAUGGGUCCGCACGGUUGUAAUCCCUCUUUGCUGGACCACUUAAAUGUCUGACAGGAAUUAUCGUCAAGGCCAUUUUAAUCUCCUGAAAGGCAGUCGGUCACAUUCUCUGGCUGUUUUAAUUCAACUCCUUUUAUAGAAUCUAGAGCAUGUGACCACAAUCUAAGCAGUUAUUGUGUAAGACGAGCUUCUUGCUGUAUAAAGGAGCUCACACAUCUGCACAAGGAUCGUCUAUAACGUUCUCAAGGGAAUGUCUAUUCAUAAAAGUGGCAUAAAACUCUGCUGACCAUCUUCCUGUUGAGCUCUACAGUCACUUUUUCCCUGACAUUCCACAUUUUUCUUUUUUUCUUUUGAAUCAUCGAGUCACAGAAGGAAGCAUAUUUUCUUCUCGACUUUCAGUUCUCUGAUCCGCUCCAGAAGGACGGCUCGUCGGCUUUUUGUGCUGCUUUGGGUUUCUUUUUGCUGCUUUUUUCCUGUUUGGAUUCCAAGCAUUUCAUUUCAGAACAGAUGUGUAACUCAACGCACGAGGCUGCACUUUGUGCCAUAAAAUUGCAUCCGAUGUGGCAGGAGCCGCUCGCCAUUCCCGGUGGAGAUCGCCAGUCGCCCAUUGACAUAGUGGUGCGUAAAAGCGUCUUUGAUCCACAGCUCAGACCUCUGAAGGUACAAUAUGAGCCAAGGACCUGCCAGCAGAUCUGGAAUAAUGGCUACUCCUUUCUGGUUGAGUACGACGACACAACUGACAAAUCCACUCUGAAAGGAGGACCUCUGGAGGAUCAGUUCAGAUUGUGUCAGUUUCAUUUUCACUGGGGGGAGAACAACGCCUGGGGAUCUGAACACUCCAUAGACCGCCGCCUUUACCCUGCGGAGCUUCAUCUGGUACACUGGAACUCGGACAAGUACAGUUUGUUUGAGGAGGCUGUUAUUGAGGAGAAUGGACUAGCUGUUAUUGCGGUCUUUCUGAAGAUUGGAAAGAGACACGAAGGUUUGCAGAAACUGGUGGAUGCCUUGCCUGCAGUCAGGCACAAGGAUAGUGUGGUAGAGUUCACCAAGUUCGACGCUGCAUGUCUCCUCCCGGAGAACAUCGAUGACUAUUGGACAUAUGCAGGGUCUCUGACCACUCCUCCUCUAACUGAGGCUGUGACAUGGAUUGUGAUGAAACGCCACAUUGAAGUCAGUCAUGAUCAGUUGGCAGUGUUUCGAAGCCUGCUGUUCACAUCGGCAGAAGAGCAGGUGCAGCGAAGCAUGGUCAACAACUUCCGCGUUCAGCAGGCUGUGAAGGGACGCACCGUCCGUUCUUCUUUCACCCCCUUCCUCCAAGAUGCUCCCUCUAUGAAGUAGCAACAAAACUCCGUGAUCUAAUUCACAUCUUAACCUCCAAAACAAGCACAGACUCUUCAGUAACUCUUUAUCGUGGACUCCUGAUAUCCAUAAUGUCUUAACUAGAUUUAAAAAUCACUAUUUCCAAACAGGCAUUUAGGUAUUGACUGAGAGAUUCCAUUGAAAAGGAUUAGCAAAAAUGUAGUUGAGUAAUUAAAGGGCCUGUUUAAUCCUCCGAUAAAAGGUUCAUGCAGUAAAUCAACAUUUCGCUGUAUUUUUUUGUAUUUAAAAUAAUACUAGAAUUCCGAAAAUUCUAAUUUUAGUAUUAAACGCACAUUUCCUUUUAUUAUACAGUAGUAGCAAAGGGAGUCCACUUUUGAGGACAAACAGCCCCCUCUUGUGGAUAACUGACAGAAUGCAAGUGGGGUGGGGAGGGGGGUGGUAGUCAGUAGUUUUAGUUUAGUGGUACACUUACCUUGUUUACUGCGAGGGAAUUUCUUUUAUGCAUGAAACUGCACAUUGCCUUUCACUUUUGAUUGGUUUUUAGAUGUAAAAUAAUUUUAAGUAUAAUACUCUAAAGUAAUAAAACUUGUAAAUAUUUCAAGGCUACAUUUACAUAUUGCAAUAUAAAUGAGACUAGAAAUACAGUCUUUGUGAAAGGUGCAUUAGACAUUGAGAGGUCUGAAAGGAAGGGGAGUAGAUUACUGCGCACAACUGUUUAGUGAAGAUACAUUACUGUACGUGUGUACUUCAGAAUUGUAUAGAAUAGAUUAUCGUCACCAGUGCCUUUUUUAUUGUACUCUGCUAUCUAAUCAUUUGCACAAGUGGCUGGCCAUAAUUGCCUCUCGGUAAAAUGUGUGCCUCCAGUGCAAGUGUCUUGUAGUCGCUGUUCUCAUCCAUUAAGCUCAUGAUCAUAAUUGUUCAUUUGGUUGAUCUUUAGUGUAUUUAGUGUCAGUGAUUUAAAAAAAAAAAGAAUUAACAGAGAAACUGUUUAGCUGUUAUGUAAGAAUGUCUUGUAAAAUGUAUUUGGGAGCACCUGGAUGUGUUUUUCCACUCUGUGUCAUGAAGACAUGGGCAUGAGACCAGGCACAAUGUAGAAAUGGGAUCUACAGUAAGACCAAUUGAUUGUUAUAGGCUAGUUUAAUCCUGGUCAUUCCGUUUUCCUUUAAACGUGCUGGAAAUGGCAAUAAGGUUAAAAUCAGACGCUAAGAUUGUCCAGUACAUGUAAUAUUAUAUAUCUGUAAAUUAAUUGUGCAUUUACAUCAUGGGGAGUUUGAGGUUUUUGGAUUGCUGAUAAUAUUUAGAAGAUGGUCGAGAAGUAACGUCAAUAUUCAGUGAUUUCAGAGAGUGCAGAAACAGCAGAAGUUCCGCAUUCAGCUUUAUAAUUGCAAAGAGGCGCUGGUCUCUUUGUGAUGGCUGAAUAACAAUGUUCUUGUAUAAAUUGUCCCUAAAGUGGCCUCUCGCUUGAAUGGGGCACCUGGUUUUCUUCCUAUCGGGUUCAUGGUUGAAAUUCAGAGUGAUACUAACUAGACUGGAAAGCUGGGUUUGUACUGUACAAACAUUACGUUACACGGAGACUGGGAUCCAUUCCCUACAGCUGCCCAAGUCUUUCGCUGCUCUCAGAGUAGUGAACAUUCUUUCACAUCAGGAGGCCCUGGAUUAAUGUUUUCUCAUUGAAGCAGAUUUCGAAGAGCGUAUGAAGACACCUUUUGUUGUUUGAAUUUAAAUUAUGCAGUGGGUGAAUUAUAGUUUGAGGUUUUGGGACAUUCUGAUUCUUUGCUGUAGUGGGUUGGCAUGGGGUGCUUUUGUUAUUUGCGUUAUAAUAAAUUAGCUUGAGGCCUUCCAUUUUAUAAGGGACAAUAAUAAUCAGUUUAACACUAAAGCUAGUUUUGUUUUAAAGACAGCCUCAGCCUUCACUUAUCAUCUCAAGUAAUUUUCAUAAAUGUCACUUAUGCUGCCUUUAAUAAAUUUUAUGAUGCAAAUGUAUGCAGAACUUUGUUAAUAUGAUUUCUUUGUUGUAUUGCAUGCAUAUUCUGUGUUUUAUUCACUUGUUUUGAGGGAUUUUUGUAUGAACCUGAAGUCUUUUUUACAUUUGAGCCAUUUUUGGUUGAUGUAGUUUUGUUUAACUUUUGGGCGGACACAAGCAUGUGCCCUAGGGAUUUAGGCAGGAAGAGGGUGGUGCCGGAGGUUUAUGGAGACCCCAUCCCAGCAAGUGUUGUUGCACCAGGCGCUGGUUAGGUCCAGAUCAGCUGCAACUAAAAAGUGCGUUUUGGCGGACUAAGCAGAGGGGGAGCCUACAGAGCCAAAGGUGAACAUCAACAAAUGGACAACAUAACUUCAUUCAUUCAUGUAAAAUCAUGCUGUCUGAUGUUCCCGAUUUCACAGACCAGGUUUAAAGCCGAACCCCAGACUAAAAUGUAAAAAUCUAAAAUGUUUCAGUUAAAAGAAACUUGUACUGAUUGAUCUUAAAACAUGUCAGUGAUUUUGUUUUAUCUCAAGAUACUUUCUAAUAAAAAUGACUUUAAUGUACUAAUGGAACUAUAACCAGGCCAUUGUGUAUUAACAUUUUUAUUUGUAAAAAUAAAAUAAAAAUUUGAUGUCUUUA